CAAAUUCUUCUUUUGAGAAUAUAAAAAGCAACCUUUUUUCUUUCCUCAUAUGUACAAUAAUUAAAUCAAAUUUUUUUAAAGAAAAUCAAAACAUGAAUAAAUUAGCCUCUUUAAUUCAUAUUCUCUUAUUCCUAAUUACUGUUUCGAGUGCUAAUGAUGGAUUAGAUGACUUAUUUCGCAAACGAAAUCAAUGUCCUUGUGCUGAUGCCUAUGCAAAUUUCGCUUCAAGUCACCCUUCUUCUGGUCCAUUCAGAGGUUUCGUGGCCUUCUCUCAAGACGAAACUGGUUGCACUACCAUCUUUGGCGCUUUCGAUAAAGGAUUUGAUCCAAAUUGCAAUUACAACUUUUUAAUCAAAGAUGGAUGCAGCGGAACCAAGUAUAAUAUUACAAGUGAUUUGAAUGUUGAAAUAACAAGGGAUGGUGGCACAAAGUUUUUCAGCCAUAGGUUUGAUAAUAUCAACCUUAACUGCAAAAGUGAUGGUCUUAUUAGUUGUUAUAAGUCACAUUAUAAACGUCAAUUUACCAGAGGCGCCAGUGGUCUUCAUGUAAGUAGUAAUGGCCAAAGGAAUAGAAAAGUUAGAUCAUUGUGUGACGAAUGUUAUGGUUAUGCUUCAAUUAACCCGGUUCCUAAAUAAUUCUUCAAAUAAAAGUAAUUAUUCUGUAAAUUUAUUGUGAUAUGGGUUAGUUAGUGUUAGGUUGGCUCAUUUUUUUAAAACAGUAGUGGUGAAAAAAAAUGGCAGUAAAUAAAAAUUCAUUUACACGA